CAGGAUCCCUCGGUGACACAGCUCACAAACACCAGCCAAAGCGGCCUGGAUGAAUUCAACCCCUUUUCUGAGAGCUCCCAGCUGACAAAUGCGGCACGCACGACGCCGGCCACGCAGCCCUCGGGCCACUCGCAGCCUGCUGUCCUGCAGACAUCCGUGGAGCCCACUCCCCAGGCUGUGGCUGCGGCAGCGCAGGCUGGGCUGCUUCAGCAGCAGGCGGAAUUAGAGAGGAAGGCAGCCGAGUUGGAGAAGAAGGAAAGGGAAUUGCAGAGUAACGCAGCCAGCAUCAAUCCGAGGCAAAACAACUGGCCACCACUUCCCAAGAAGUGUCCCAUCAAGCCAUGCUUUUAUCAGGAUUUUUCGGCGGACAUCCCGGCCGACUACCAGCGGAUAUGCAAGAUGCUGUAUUACUUGUGGAUGUUGCAUUCGAUUACCCUGCUCCUAAACCUGCUCGCUUGCCUGGCAUGGUUCACAGUCCAGGCGCAGAGAGGAGUAGACUUUGGUCUCUCCAUCUUGUGGUUUAUUUUAUUCACUCCUUGUGCCUUUCUCUGCUGGUACCGACCAAUUUACAAGGCUUUCAGGUCUGACAGCUCCUUCAGCUUCUUCGUCUUCUUUUUCAUCUUCUUCUAUGAUGUUCAUGGAAAUGACUUGAUUUAUGACAACGGUAUCAGUUGCCACCUAAGCGGAUGGAUCGCGGCGCUGUCGGAGCUGCACGAGAACCUGGCCGUGGCCGUUAUCAUGAUGGUGGUGGCCGCGUUCUUCACGCUCUGCGCCGUUCUCUCGCUCUUGCUCCUCAAGCAGGUGCAUUCCCUGUAUCGGCGCACGGGAGCCAGUUUCCAAAGGGCCCAGGAAGAGUUUUCCCAAGGCAUCCUCACCAACAGGAGCUUCCAGAACGCAGCUGCUGGGGCAGCCUCCUCAGCCGCACAGA